CAGUGGCUUCAUCUCAAUUUAGCGAAACGUGUAAUUGGUCGUACCCGAUUGACAUCCAUUUAGCGACUGCUGGAAUUCAAGGUUGGCCAAAAAUCUACUUAGAAGUCUACCAUCUCGACUGGUUGGGCAGAACCCACUUGUUCGGCUACGGGUUGGUGACAGUCCCAACCAGUCCUGGUCGACAUACUCUGGAUUGCUACACUUGGAGGCCUUUGGGUUCGCUUAGAGAUCGAGUUGUCCAGUACUUUGUAGGCGGGGGCUCGCAUCUUAAGUACCCAGAUCUGAUCUUUUCUCCGGAGAAACGAUACAAACUCUCCACUGAGGCUAUGGGAGUGGUUAGCUUCGACUUGGCGAUAAUUUUGCGCAACUUUAACAACUACGGAGUAGAGUAUUAGACAUGGCGCUGUUGAGGUUUAUUGGAUUGGUGCUGGUUUGCACCUGCAGACUUUCAGUGCAAACUUCGAAAACCCCUGAACCUGCACCUGAAACUGAGUCAACCCCCAUAGAUUCGACCACAACAGAUUAUUCAACUAGCACUGUUGAAACUUGCGAUAGCGGCUUUGGUAACUGCACCAAUUUAACUGCCACUGAAGCACCUUUAGAAGCAGGUAAAAAUAAUGGCACUCGACAUUUCAAUGAGACGAAGCACCGAUCUUUGGGGAAGUGGAGUGAAGCCGACGUGUGCACGUGUGAUUUGCAAGAGAAAAGUUGCGACAUCAACUGCUGCUGCGACCUGCACUGUUCAGCCGCUGAUAAAGAGCUGUUUGAUCAUUGUCAACUGGACGACAACAGGUUUUUCGAUGAUCGAUAUUGCAAGUAUACUAAGCACAUCUAUGUUAAUAACACCGCGUUUGAAUGGGAAGUCAACCAGGAUGGGAUGUUUUGCGUUAUUACGCGCAAUCUUCCCGACUCUCACUUACUUCAGAAAGAUCAGCCCAUUGGACCCCUGGAAGCUUUCUCUCCCCGACACUCUUUCUGGGGCAAUGGCGUUUUGCCCGUUCCUCAAUUAACAGAGGCAAGAAAGUAUGGCUAUGGAGAUUCGAUCUGGAUAGUUAAAAACGAUUCAAGUUUCGACGUUUUGCGGAUGCCCAAAAGCGUGCUUUCUCAGGUCUGCUCAUUCGAAGAAGAUAUCCAUUUUCUGAUCAACGAGCAAAGCCGAUGCAGUCCAGUAGCUGCAGCCGAAGGCAAUGAGGCUCUGAUACUUUCUUCGUAUUUUUCCGGUUUUAAAAUACUGGCAAACCCCAAGUCGGUAAAUGCAAGCAGUGCGAAGAAGAACUUUUAUUACUCCUGUCCUAAGAACGUGUGCUUGGAAAUUCAGGCAAAACUCUGCGACGUCCAUCUGAACAAUUGCUUCAAAGUGAAGAACGCCUCUAACAUGAGCUUUCAGUGCUCGUACGAUAUCAGAAACAAUUUGAAUAAUUGCCAAAAUGCCGCUCAGAGAGUGCACUGGAGGUUUUUCCAUAAUGCGACCAGCGGGAUUUACGAAGUGGAUAUUCUGGCAGUGCUGGCCAAUUUUAGCUACCAUUUUGGACGGGAAGACUUGCAAUUUACCCAGCACUUCUCCUGGGAGUUCCUGUGGGAUAAUCGCACGAAAAACUACUCAGAAAUUUUCAGCGGAAAUCCCGGAUACAUUUUUGGAAAACCGAUCCUGAUUGCAAGGAAACACCAGAAAGCCAACGAGACUUCUAUCCAGCGAUCCUCUGCGAGAUACAUCGAUAAUUUUCUGGUUUUUCCGCAGAGUUCAGAAGGCGCUUGUGUGAGAAACGAUACAAACUAUGCCGCUAUCGAAUUUGGGUACGGUAUGAGGAACAAGUGCCGGCUUCAAAAAAUGCAGGCAUUCAACCACACGAAAAACGCCACAGAGAUUUGCAAGGAAAUCCAAAGAACUGUCUUUGAUUUGUGGGGAAUUCAACCCAAUGCUUCAGUGGUUUUCGGCCUUUUCGGUAGCGCCUCUGCUAAAAUUUUAGAGGACUGGAGUGACGCUUUUUACAAAAAAAACUCAUCCACAUUGCUUAACCAGACUAUUGGCAAGAUUAUCAAUAAAAACUCCUCGAUAGUGUGCUACAACAUCUCAACGUUGCUUAAUGUGGACAUUUUUCACUCCAGAGUGGAUUUCAAGACUGUGUUAAAUCAGCAGAAGAUUCUGGGAGUGGCUUUCAAUUUCCGCAAUUUACUAAACCCGAAUUUUGCCCUGAAACGACUAAACCAGAGCUGGAUUGUGGAUUUCGGGCUUGAUUUAACAAGCCAAGUGAGUUUCCACGAUGUGACCGGCAGGAAGGCAAUUAAGUUCGUCGAUCCUCCCAGUUUGGAUAUUCGCCUGCCUUAUGACUUUUUUUACCCUUUUGUGAAAAUUGGGAAUGGCACUAGAGCGGUUUGGCCAAGUUUUGCACUAUUUCUGGCAAUUUAUGCCUUUAAACUAGUUGUAUUAUCAGUGUUAUAAAGCAAAAAAAUUGCGUUUUUUUGUGAAUAAAGUGCUCAGUUGCA